AUGGACGAAUUGACGAAGCUCCAGGCCCAAAGCGACCAACUUGCCACUGCGAUCAAGAGCUAUAUUAAGCAUCAGCGGGAUGUGGAAUCUUCUGACCAGCUUCGGGCCAAUUCCGAGGCAAACAAAGACCUCAAUAAAGCCAAGACUCUCAUCUACGCCAGCAUGGCCAAGAUGAAAACACUGCUCGGUGGGCCAGUGGAGUUAAUCCAGGAUCUUGCUCGCCAGGUUGAGGUGGUGGCUUGUCUUAAGUGGCUUGCGGAAUACCAGAUUCUAGCGUGUAUCCCAGUCGAGGGGGGCAUGUCCAUGCAAGAUCUCGCUGACUUGGCAGGGGUUCCAGAAAUCCAGCUGCGCCGGAUCAUUCGCCUCAUGGGUACAUGCGGAUUCCUUCAGGAGCCCCUGCCAAACUAUGUGUCUCAUACACCCCUCUCGGCACAAUUCGUCACCAAUCAGUCAUUGCUCGACGCCGCAGUCUUCAUGGCGGACUUAGCAGCGCCGACGGCAUUGCAGAUGUCUACGGCGACACAGCGCUUUGGAGGCUCAUGGCAUCCGACAGAGACAGCAUAUAGCCUGGCGCUAAGCACCGUGCAACCGUUUGGUGUAGCCAUCCAGGAGCGGCCCAAGCUGGGCCGCCAAUGGUCAGCCUACCUUCAGGCAGUGGGAUUGCAUCAAGAGAAGGAGAUUGUGGAUAUGCUCUCACAACUUAAAUGGCCUAGCCUCGGUACCGCAUUCAUAGUAGAGGUUGGUGCGCAGUCCACUUCAAUGGCACAGCAUCUCGCAAAGAAGUUCCCUACCCUCCAUCUGAUUGUGCAGAUCGAUCCCACGAGAUCGUCCACGUUGAGUCAUUACUCUCUGCGGCCGAGCGAGAUGAUCAAUGGGCUGGCCCGAGACUUUACAGCUCAACUGGAACCAGAAUCCAGCUCUAGACCCGGCUCUGCUAGCAGUAGCAUCACUGUAACGUACCGGUCUGCGGGCAUGCCUCAGCCUGUGAUCGAUGCAGCUGUUUACAUUCUUCACUUGCCUGUGGUCUCCAUGAGCUCUCCGACCGGGGCAGAAGGAAUGGAUAUGGUCAAGGCUGAGCUGAAAGAUUACCUAGGCAUACUCCGCGCCAGUGGUGCUAUCUUGCUUAUCCCGACGGCAAACCUGCUUCCCAAGCCCGGUAGCCUCUCUGACUCUACCUUCGAGGCUGUAGCGCGUGCGCGAGACCUCAGUAUGCUACAGCUGGCUAAUGAGGGCGAAAUGGAAAUGACGGAGCUAUUAGGCAUAAUAGACACGACGAGGGAUGGCCUUGGGAGACUUGUCAUCACUAACCAGCUCCGUUCACAGAAUGGCCUUAUCGUGGGUCUGACUAUAAAGUAUGAAGCUUAUUGUUAG